CCACCCACGCACUAUACCUCCGCCUCCCCCGUUGAUCCUCACCUCUUCGUCCUUCCGUCCACAAUCACGAUUACGUCUGCAACUAUUUCAUAAGCUUACCCAGAGAUUUCUAUGAAUUUCGGAAUGGAUUCAGAACAAAUUUGAAGGAAUCUGACGGAGAAUUGUGUGUUUUGCAAUGCAGAUUUGCAGGAAGGAAGAUAUGGAUUUGUUGAAGAAGUGAAUUAUGGUGGAGGUAGGUAGGAAGUGGAAGAAGACAAUGUUUCACUGGAUGCGGAGUUGUGUAUAGAUAUAUACAUAUAGGCGUCUUGAAAGGAGGAAGAGAAGAUCGAGCAGAGGAAGCGGGAGAUAGAAAUAUCGCGAGGAGGCUAGGGUUAGGAGAUAGCCGGAAAUGGCGGCGCAGGGGAGAGAGGGAGGAGGAGGUGUGGCGGUUAUGUGCGGAGGAGGAGCGGCUGUGAACGCGUUGGAUUCGUCUUCGCCGAAAGGAGAGCUGGGUAACAUGGACGAGGAUUCUCCGAUUCUCUUCUUUUUGUUCUUCCACAAGGCGAUUCGCCUGGAGCUCGACUCGCUUCACCGCUCUGCCUUGGCCUACGCCACCGGACAGUUAUCUGACAUACAGCCUUUGCUGGAGAGAUAUCGGUUCCUGAGAUCAGUUUAUAGGCAUCACUCAGAUGCUGAGGAUGAGGUCAUUUUUCCUGCUCUUGAUAUACGUGUAAAGAAUAUAGCACAUACAUACUCUUUAGAGCACAAGGGUGAAAGUGAUCUUUUUGAUAACUUAUUUGAGCUUCUAAAUUCUCACAAGAAAAGUCAUGAAAGUUUUCCACGUGAAUUAGCAUCAUGCACAGGUGCAUUGCGGACUUCUAUUUGUCAGCAUAUGUCGAAAGAGGAAGAACAGGUCUUUCCUUUGCUCAUUGAAAACUUCUCAUUUCAAGAGCAAGCAUCACUUGUUUGGCAGUUUCUAUGCAGCAUUCCUGUAAAGAUGAUGAGAAAAUUUCUUCCUUGGCUUUCAUCAUCUAUUUCUAGCGAUGAAUUUCAGAAUAUGCAGAAGUGUUUGGCUAAGGUUAUUCCGAAUGAAAAACUUCUCCAGCAGGUGAUUUUCACCUGGAUUGAAGGUAGGAAGUGUGUCAAUAUGAUUGAAUGUCAUGAUGAUGAUGCUCGGAACGGUUGUUCUAUCGAGCUUCAGCCAGCUGCAAAAGUUCAUGUUGCUGAACAAGUGCAAUUUGCUUGUCGAUCUGUGAAGACUGGGAAAAGAAAACAUUUUGUCCCGAUUUGUGAUGCUCGCGAUACUGAUUUUGGGCAUCCAAUAAAUGAGAUAUUGCAUUGGCACAAUACUAUAAAAAGAGAAUUAGAUGCACUUGCUUUGGAGGCUAGAAAGGUUGAGCUGUCUGGAGACUUUUCUAAUCUUCGGCCCUUCUAUGAGAGACUCCAGUUCAUAGCUGAUGUAUGCAUAUUUCACAGUGUUGCUGAAGACAAGGUCAUAUUCCCGGCUGUAGAUGGGGGAUUUUCCUUCUCUCAGGAGCAUGUGGAAGAAAAAAGUCAAUUCAAUGAGCUUCGUUUGAUGGUUGAAAACAUUCAAAGUACAGGCGUCAAUUCCGUUUCAGCUUCCGAGUUUUUCUCUAAAUUGUGCCUCCAAGCUGAUUUAAUUAUUGAAACAAUUAAAAAGCAUUUCCACAAUGAAGAAGUUCAGGUUCUGCCAUUUGCCAGGAAACAUUUUUCCAAGAAAAAACAGAGAGAAAUAUUGUACGAGAGCAUAUGUCUGAUGCCACUGAAGUUGACUGAGCGUGUAUUGCCAUGGCUUGUUGGCUCAUUGAAUGAAGAUGAAGCACAGAACUUACUACAUAAUAUGCAGUUAGCGGCUCCUGCAUCUGAUGCUGCUCUUGUAACACUUUACUCUGGUUGGGCAUGUAAAGGUCGUAACCAUGGUGUAUGUUUGUCUUCUAAUUUCACUGGUCGCUGCCCUGUUAAAACAUUCUCUGACCAGAAAGUCAAUUCUAUCCAAGGAUCCUGUCCAUGCUCACUCUCUAUGCAUACAGAUGAUUAUUCUAGGAGGCCAUUGAAAAAAAACCUUCCAGUCCUUUGCAUAAACGGCGAUCCAUCUGACUCGUCUAAAGGCUCAACUGUUUGUAAAUCCUCUUGCAAUGAUCAGUCAUGUUGUGUCCCGGGAUUGGUAGUUAGCGGGAACAGUUUGGGACUAAGUACUAUAUCCACACCAAAAUCUUUCCGAUCAUUGUCCUCUAGUCCAGCUCCUUCUCUAGAUUCUAGCCUCUUUUUUUGGGAGACGGAUAAGAGGUCUUCUGAUAUUGGUAUUAAAGUCCAUCCGAUUGAUACUAUAUUCAAAUUUCACAUAGCAAUAAGGAAAGAUUUGGAAUAUCUAGACGUGGAAUCAAGUAAGCUUAGCAAUUGUGACGAGACCUUUCUUCGUCAGUUCAUUGGUAGGUUCCGACUGCUUUCUGGGUUAUAUAAGGCCCACAGCAAUGCUGAGGAUGAAAUAGUUUUCCCAGCUCUUGAGUCUAAAGAGGACCUUCACAAUGUUAGUCAUUCGUACACAUUAGACCAUAAACAGGAAGAAAAAUUGUUUGAAGACAUAUCAUGUGCCAUUUCUGAUCUUUCGGCACUUCACAAGGAAUGCUAUGCAGUUGAAGAAUCCGAGUGUAGUAAUAACAAGUCUUCUGCUGGGAAAUAUCAGGAACUUGCCACAAGGGUUCAAGGGAUGUGCAAAUCACUAAGGGUAAGCCUAGAUCAGCACAUAUUUAGGGAAGAACUUGAACUAUGGCCACUUUUUGGCAAGCACUUCUCUGUUGAAGAACAAAACCGCAUUGUUGGCUGUAUUAUUGGAACUACUGGGGCCGAAGUCCUUCAGUCUAUGCUUCCUUGGGUAACUUCUGCUCUAACCCAAGAUGAGCAGAAUAAAAUGAUGGACACAUUAAAGCAGGCAACAAAGAACACUAUGUUUAGUGAAUGGCUUAAUGAGUGUUUGAGGAGAACGCCUGAAGUAUCCACUGCACCUGAUACUGCAAAAAAUAGCAGUAUCAGUAAAGGUGUAGACUCUCAUGAAGGACUGGACCAGAAUGAUCUGAUGUUUAAACCAGGCUGGAAAGAUAUUUUUCGGAUGAACCAAACUGAAAUUGAGUCAGAAAUUAGAAAGGUUCACAUGGACUCAACUCUUGAUCCAAGGAGAAAAGCAUACUUGAUUCAAAAUCUUAUGACUAGCCGUUGGAUAGCCUCUCAACAAAAAUCACAUGCAUCAAUGGAUGAGAUUUCUCAUUCUGAAGACUUGGCUGUAUGCUCACCAUCAUUUCGAGAUCCAGACAAAAAAGUUUUUGGAUGUGAACAUUACAAGAGAAACUGCAAACUUCGUGCAGCUUGCUGUGGCAAACUGUUUGCAUGCAGAUUUUGCCACGAUGAAGUGAGUGAUCACUCAAUGGAAAGGAAAGCGACAUUAGAGAUGAUGUGCAUGCAGUGCUUGAAGAUUCAACCAAUUGGACCGAUUUGCAUGACACCAUCAUGCAAUGGAUUUUCUAUGGCAAAAUACUAUUGCAAUAUUUGCAAGUUCUUUGAUGAUGAGAGGUCUGUUUAUCACUGCCCAUCUUGCAACUUAUGCCGUCUUGGGAAAGGUCUUGGAAUUGACUUCUACCAUUGCAUGAAAUGCAACUGUUGCAUGGGGAUAAGUUUGGUUGAGCACAAAUGUUUGGAGAAAGCUUUAGAAACAAAUUGUCCAAUCUGCUGUGAAUUUUUGUUUACUUCCAGUGCAACAGUUAGACCUCUACCUUGCGGUCAUUACAUGCAUUCGGCUUGCUUUCAGGCAUAUGCAUCCAGUAACUACAUUUGUCCAAUAUGCAGCAAAUCAAUGGGUGAUAUGACGAUAUAUUUUGGCAUGAUUGAUGCUCUGUUGGCCAAUGAAGUCCUUCCAGAAGAAUACAGGAAUCGCCUGCAGGAUAUCCUUUGCAAUGACUGCGAAAGGAAAGGCACAGCAAGCUUCCACUGGUUAUAUCACAAAUGUGGACAUUGUGGCUCUUAUAACACCAGAGUCAUUAAAAUUUGAUACGUAGAAUUUUCCCCUCUUCACCAACCAGUAUCAUUCUAAAUUUGUGUAUAUAUUGUAAUUAUACAUGGCGUAGGUUUUCCCCCUCUAGAAGUGCACGAUAUCAGCGCGCCGCAGUUUUCGGAGAUUAAAGGUUUGUAUCUCAUUUGUUUUGACGAUUGUGUAUUUAGUCGUCUAGUUUCCAUUUUAGGGAAAAUGAAUGUUUUUUUUUCACACGCAAAAACAUCAUAUUUUGAUGCAAGAACCAAUGCUUGAAAUGUGAACUACAUGUUGAGUGGUACGUUGGAUAGAAACAGUCAAUAUAAUAAAGCUUGGGUAUCCAA